UAUGGUAACAAAUUCUCGUUUCCUUCCCAACCUUUCCCUUUGCUUUCAGUGCUCCAUCAUCCUCUUCCUAAUUUCUCUUCAUUUCUUUUGAUUUUUCAUCUCUUUUGCUUCGAUUCUUCUCAGAUUUCAAUCUGGAUUUGAGAAAUCCUCUUUCCGAUUUCUCGAUCUCUCAAAAAUUUGUUCUUUUUCAAUCUAAACCGGAGCUGUUUUGAAGCUCUUUCAGGUUCGAUUCUCUGUUCUUCAUCUUUGUUUUCCUUUGAUCUCGUUUUAAUCACUAUUUCUUCAACCUUUCAGUUUGGAAUUCCAAUUUUCAGUUUGUGUUUCUCUAAAUCUUUCAAAAUUACAACUUUUUUUUUUUUUAGAAGUUUCAAUCCUUUUGAUUCCUUAUCUCUUAGGGUUUUACUUUCUGUUCUUCAUCUCACUUUUCCUUUUUCAUCUUUUCAUCAGUACUUUCUUCAAACUUUCAGCUUGAAAUUCCAAUUUUCAUCUCUGAAUUCCAUCUAGUUUUUCAAAAUCACAACUUCAUUUUGAGAAAUUUUUCCAAUUCCUUUCUCUCUAGAACCAUCAAAAUGGCUCAAGAAAGCUGCAACCUUGACAAAGAUGAACCUGAGAUCCUUAAACCCUCACCUUCUUCUAAUAUCCCUCCAACCUCAUCACCACCACCUUCUCUAUUCCUCAAACCAUCACUAGACUACCAAAUUCUCAGGCCUGACAAGCCAGAGAACUCCCGAGCACCGAAACCAGGCCGAGGACCUUCAUCAUCAUCUCGGUUUGGCUUCCGGUGCUCGAGUUGCCAGAAAAGAGUCGGCCUCACCGGCUUCCGGUGCCGGUGUGGUGACCUCUUUUGUGCGAGCCAUCGGUAUUCGGAUACCCAUAACUGCUCUUUUGAUUACAAAGCUCUUGGCAGGGAGGAGAUCUCUAAAGCCAAUCCUGUGAUCAGAGCUGCCAAAAUUAUAAAGAUAUGAGGUAUCAUAAUUUGGACCCUUCUUGUUUGUCUGAAAUGAAUUCCUAUAUGAAUUCUCUAUUGCUUUUUGUAAUUGAUACUACUUGAGUGUUAGUGCAAUGGUUUGUGGUGGUUCAUUGUGAAUUAUCAUGGUUCUUUUGUCCAAGUUGGCAAUCAUGUGUUUGGAUUUAGUUGAAUUCAUGUUGAAUGUUUCUAGUUUUAGCUUAAAAUCUUUGUUUGUUGUGUGGUA